GUGCGUCGGGAUUGGGAACCGAGGAUCAUCUUGGCAACUUGGCGGGCAACUAGUGCCAGAUAGGCCGCCUAUCGCUCAUUGUUCACCGUCUCAUCCUCAGUGCUUCAUUGUAGUGUUCCAUCCAGUCUUUACCGUCUCACUCUUUUUGAGAAUUCGACAUGUUAGUUUCCGCUGUAGUUUUUGCUGGAUUAUUGGGUUUAGUCCAAGCAGCUACCUAUACCGUCACUGUUGGCAUAGAUGAGACCGAUGGUCAACCUGGCCUUGGCUUCGACCCGACUACUAUAAGGCCAGCAGUUGGAGAUACAAUCACUUUCACUUUCCAACUCCCUGGAUACAUUAAGAAUCCCUCUGUGUCUCAACAUAGUGCAACACAAUCCACGUUCGAUAAUCCGUGCACACCCAAGGAAGGCGGCUUUGACACCGGUGUUCAAAGCACAGGGUCUGCUAACUCGAACACGGGCAGCUCUUUUGACCUUCUCGUAAAUGAUACUGAACCACUAUGGUUCUUCUCCGCCGCCAACCAGGAUUGCAAGUCUGGAAUGGUUCUUUCUGUUAACCCCCCAAUCACUGGUGAACAAACCGCUGCGGCGUUCGUUGACAAGGCCAAGGCGAGCACUGGCACGCCAUCAUCUCCCCCUCCCUCCUCGUCUGCUUCUGGCACUAGUGGCAGUGGUGCUUCACAGACUAGUGACAGCAGUGCCCCUCCGCCUUCGCCCACUGCUACGGAGCCUUCGAGCACCAAUGACACAAGUGCGGCUGUAUCGGGCAUGGCGAAAAUGGAGGUGGUAUUCGCUGGCGUCGUUGCGUUCAUGGGUUUAUCCUUGGCAGCCUAACUAUGUUGAGAUAACAGUGACUCGCUUUUUGUCAUUUUCGAGACUAUAGGACUCUCUGCUUAAUGUUAUUAUCAUGGCCGAUAGCUGACUUGAUACUCCAACCUAAACCAGAUCUACAGCCCAGUGGCCGU